CCCCCCCCUGCCGCUGCCGGGCCUGUGCGGGGCCGGGCGGCGGCGGGGCCUUGUGGCCGCGCUUUGUCUGCGCCGGGCCGGGCUGCGAGGCACCGGGCUCAGGGGGACGGGGGGGGGGUCAUGGAUGGAGGCGGGCGUGGGGCACACCUGCUGCGGAGCGACGCGCCCGGUAGCGGCCGGGUUUUAGUGGUUGUUGUCGCUUUUUGCUUUUUUUUAGCGGGCCUCUGGGUUUGGGCUUCCAGCCGAGCUAACGGCGAUUUUCUGCCCGUCGUGGGUAGCGAGGGGUUGCUUGCAGUGCGUGGCUCCGGGUUAUUGCUCCGAGUCACCAGGGAGGGGUGGUGGUGAACUGGGUGCUGCUGGUUCGCGCCUCGGUUGCAAAUAGAUUGGUUUUGGUGAGAUCAAUCUGGGGGAAAUGUCCCGUUUUGAAUUGCCGUCUCACAACGGGCUUCCUGCUCGUGUUCGGAAAGCUCUUUGGCUUUAUUCCUGCAGCCGGGUUUGUGCUGGAGGAGUCCAAGUCCACAGGGACUCUCCAGGCUUAUCCAAGAGGCUGGACAGCAGGGUUGGGCAUUUGUGCCCUACUUACUGCAGGAGGAGCUGAUAGAAUCGUUAUUUUCAUUGUUCUGCUUGGGUAACUGUCCUCUGUAACCAUUUUUACACGUAUUUGGAAAUUUUCUCCAAACUGUACUUGUCACGGUUCUGUUGGAUGCGGUCAUAUGACCUCAAAAGGAUGUGAUCUUCAUGGUGAGCUGGUGGGAGAACUGAGUUGUAAAUCACCCCAAUGGAUGCGGACAGUGAUGUUGCAUUGGACAUUUUAAUCACAAAUGUAGUGUGUGUUUUUAGAACAAGAUGUCAUUUAAACUUGAGGAAGAUUGCAUUAGAGGGAGCAAAUGUCAUAUACAAGCGUGAUGUUGGGAAAGUAUUAAUGAAGCUUAGGAAACCUAGGAUUACGGCCACAAUUUGGUCCUCAGGAAAAGUUAUUUGCACAGGAGCCACAAGUGAAGAAGAAGCUAAAUUUGGUGCCAGACGAUUAGCUCGUAGUCUACAGAAACUAGGUUUUCAGGUAAUUUUCACAGAUUUUAAAGUUGUGAAUGUUUUAGCAGUGUGCAACAUGCCCUUUGAGAUAAGAUUGCCAGAAUUUACGAAGAAUAACAGACCUCAUGCGAGUUACGAACCAGAACUUCAUCCUGCCGUGUGCUACAGAAUAAAAACUCUCAGAGCUACCUUACAGAUUUUUUCAACAGGCAGUAUCACAGUUACAGGGCCAAACGUAAAGGCUGUUGCCAGUGCUGUGGAGCAGAUUUACCCAUUCGUGUUUGAGAGCAGGAAAUAAAUUUUAUAAUUCACCACUUGAUGGUUAGGUUUCCUAACCAAGCACCUUUAAAAGACUGCUGCACAUUGGACUAAAAGCAAAAAGGAAAACUGGACCAACUAUAGCAGAGGAAUACAGACUCUUUUACUUGUUCAUGGCCACAGUAUAAACUCCAGUCCUUUUGGAUUUUACUCUUAACAGUGCUGUAUUGUAAAAACAGAAGUUUACAAGAUAUGAAAUUGCUGCUUUUAAAAAGACAUUCUAUUUAUUUUUGCAGUAAUUUCUGUGUAUUCAUAAGCAAAGCUGUCACGAUGUGCACUACCUUUAAAACAUUUUUUUUAGUUUGAGCUUGUGUUUUAUUUGUGAAUAGUCUUUUACAUUUUUGUAUGCUGAAUAUUGGGCACCAAAGAAGCUGUAAAAGUUAUCUUUUUCACCUGAUGAAUGUGCACAAAUAAAAGUUUGGAAAAUAUUUCUCUUCAUACCUGUUCUGUUAUAUUCCUUUCCCUUUUUCUAUUACAUUAAAAUUGUAUAGUUGCAAAUUAAUUUGAAACGAUGUAGGAAUAGUCUUUUGCUGAUUACCUUCUGUUUCUAUUUGUAGUAUGUGUAAAAUUUUGUGUGUGGGUUAGAUUGAAAUCUAUAGUAGUUACGUAUGUUUAUCCGAGGAUGAAAUUUGGUUUGUUCCCAGUUCUCUUAACUACGUGCCAGAUUUCAAGUAUUUUCUUGCUGUUUAAAGAAGACAUUUCUAAAUAUAAAGGUCUACAACAACUAUUUUCCUGUAGAUGAUGAGGAAAUCUUACCAACUAAAGAAGCUACUGUAGAAAAAUUAACUGCCUUGUCCACCUGCUGGAUGCAAAAGGAAACAUUACUAUGUGAGCUUCGGUAUUUGGGAAAGUGCUGUUACGCUUCAACUCCGGAAGAUGGUAUGGUCACGCUAAUCCAGUCCCAGCCUCUUGCUGAAUGAUUAACGCAGGCCUUUUCUACACUCUCGUUACUGUAUAAUGUUUUCAUGACAGGAGCUGCCGACAAGCAAUGAAGCUUGAUUCUGGCAUGUAUUAUUAUUGGUAUUAAUCUUGGACUUGAAAGCCAGUAGAUGUUUCUCUCAGUAAGUGCACAUUUGAAGCAGAAGAGAGGUGAAUGCUUAAAAGUAACUGCAAAUGCUACUUUUAAAAAGUUACAAUAAAUAUAUGUAUAAAUGUA